AUGUGCUUACGAGUAGAGAAAACACUAUCUUUUGAUUUCUGGAAAAAAAUAAAACUUUUUCAUUUUUUUAUGUUUAUUUCAUUACCGAAUUUGUCAAGUUGUAAUGAUAAUAAAUUUCCAGAUAAUUUUGUACUCGGUGUUGGAACGUCUGCUUUCCAGAGUGAAGGUGCUUGGAACGUAUCGAACAAAGGUGAGUCUAUUUGGGAUGUCUUGAUUCACGAAAAACCAGAUGUUGUAUGGGGAAAGGCUAAUGCUGAUGUUGCAGCAAAUUCUUACUACUUGUACAAAACUGACAUAGACCUUGUUGAAAAAAUUGGAGCCAAUGCUUUCAAAAUAUCAAUAUCUUGGCCACGAAUUUUACCAAAUGGGUUCAACAACGAAAUCAAUUAUGAUGGGAUCCAGCACUAUCAUGAUGUUAUUGAUGAAAUAUUGAGUAGAAAUAUUACUCCGUAUAUUAACAUGUAUCACUGGGACUUGCCAAUAAGACUACAAAAAUUGGGUGGUCUAGCUAAUCCGUUGUUUGUAAAUUGGUAUCUUGACUAUGCCGAAAUUCUAUUUAGAACAUUUGGUGAUAAGUGUCAUCCAUGGGGUCUUUCGGCGAUUAUUCGUCGCAUAACUACAAAGUAUAAUACGCCAGCAAUAGUUAUCGGUGAAAAUGGUUACCGAGAUGAAGGUCAACUAGAUGACAUUGAUAGAGGUCAAUUUUUUUACUACCAUCUUAAAGAAGUUCUUAAGCUGGUGAGAGAAGGUUUUAACAUUCAAGGAUACUUUACUUGGACACUUUUUGAUAUUUUUGAGUGGACACAAGGUUAUGAGCACCGAUAUGGACUUUUUUCGGUAAAUUUCACGGAUCCAGAACGUCCAAGAGUACCUAAGCUGUGGUCGGCGAAAGUUAUAACCGAUAUUUACAGAACCAGAUUAAUACCACCAUCAUUUGAAUCGUUCUCGCAACGAUAA